AUGCUUGAAACGACCGAUAAAGAGCUUUCCAUUUUGGGCUUAACUGGCGCUCAAACGCGCGGCUCUGCCCAAUGUGAGUCUGCUUUUCGAGCAUGGCAAUUGCUCGAUCAAUCUUCUCUGAUUGAGUCAGUGAUCUUUGGGACAACUGAAAAAAGAAUCAAUAUUGGAACUUUGCGAGGUGGCAAAAUAUUCAUAAACUGA